AUGAAAAUUCUCUCCUCAACAGCUUAAAUGUCACAAUUCUUUACAACUUUUAGUUUGGACACUCACCCUAUAUAAGGAAUGGGUUAUUUUGAAGGAGCAAUUGUAAGAUCUACUAUUUACAUUAAACAAUAUAGAAUAACCAUAUUUACCUACUUCUUCUUUAAUUGA